CAUUUUCUUCACGAAACCGAGACUAUAAACAACAUGACCUCACCAUGGAGUUGUAGGUAGCACUAUAAUCAUCAUCUGAAACAAACAAAUCGUCAUUUCAUGGAGGCCCUGCCGGAAGACUGCUUGUCCCUCGUCAUCUCGCUCACUUCUCCAUGCGACGCCUGCUCGUCGGCGGCGGUCUCCGCCGCAUUCCGCGGCGCGGCCGAUUCCGACGUCGUCUGGGAGAGUUUUCUGCCGCCUGAUUAUCGCGAUAUCAUAUCCAGAUCGGUUUCGCCGGUGGAGCUCUCCUCCAAAAAAGAUGCGUUUCGCCGCCUGUCGUCCACCCCGCUUCUCAUCGACGGGGGCAAAAAGAUAUUUUCAAUAGACAAGAAUACGAACAAGAAACGGUACAUGUUGAGUGCAAGGGAGCUUUCAAUUGCUUGGUCGAAAAAUUCUUUAUAUUGGUCAUGGAAACCCGUGCAGCACUCAAGAUUUUCGGAGGCGGCGGAGCUAGUAAUGGUCUCUUGGCUAGAACUACAUGCAAAAGUAAAGAUGGGAACGUUGUCUCCAAACACGACUUAUGCAGCAUACCUCAUUCUUCAAUUAGUGAAUCGCGCUUUUGGAUUGGAUGUGGUGGCAUCUGAGGCCUCAAUUGAAAUCGGAAAUUACAAAACGAAGAGAACGAUUUAUGUGGACAAAUAUAAAAUCCAGGGACUAAACGAAUUAAAGGAAGGGGAAAAUAGCGUGAUUCGUCCACGUGGCGACGGAUGGUUGGAGGUGGAAUUGGGAGAGUUCCACAGUAACGGGAGGAAGGAAGAAGAGGAAGUCAACAUUUGGUUUAGAGAAACAAAGGGUGUGCAUCUCAAAGGGGGCAUUGUUGUUGAAGGCAUUGAGCUUAGACCCAAAACUUGAUAAUCCAUUGAAUCACUUUUUUUUUUUUUUUUGAGCAAAGGAGAAUCAUUGUGUUCAUGUUGUGUGACCGAGUCUUUUAAUUGAUUGAAUAUGUUUCAUUCAGCCAAGAGUUGGCACCAGAUGAAGUGUUUUCAUCUUUAAUGAAAUUGGUCCAUGUACCACAAAAGUUGUGGAAACUGUGAUGGAAGUUGUGGAAACAUGGACAAAAAUUGGUCCAUGUUUCCUUGGUCUUUUUGUUGUUUGAUUGAUGUAGUCGGUCGAAAGAUUGUCUUUCGUGUAAAUUCUAAUUUUGAUACA